AUGCUUGCGCCGGCGGUGCCAGAGAUUAUUGAAGAUGACGAUAUCGGAUUGGCAGUCGAUGCACGAACGGAGAGUCUUCCCGGACUUCGAGAAUUAGGACCUCCGGACCUUGUUCACUUGGUCAAGCAGAGUUCCAAAGCCGGGGCAAAACAAACCGGCGUGUAUCACCAUGUCACCGGCGUCGACGCCUCCUCCUCUGCCAGUCUAGCCGCAUAUGUGAACACCCUAACAUUCAAUCCCGCCGACAAGACGCAUAAAGUGGUUUCUGGCCUUUAUUGUUGCUAUAAUGCCUUCUCACACCUGGACAUGCGGGUCGAGGUCAAAAUCCCCGGUAGUGUGGAAAGCUACUGUGUCGACGAAAGAGGAGACAGAAGAGUGGCAACGGAAGGUCUCUGGCUAGAAACCUUUCUCUGCGCGGUCUUGCGCGCAUAUUCAUAUUCCGAUGACGGCAGUGGUGAUACCAUCAAAAAGAUCAUCGGCGUCAGGAGGUUCAAUCCAAUCACGAAUACAGAAUUGGAACACCGAUUUUUCGAAGCUGCCGAAAGAUUGUUCUUCAGUGGCCGUCAACUGGGCUCUGACCCGGAAAUCCAGAUUCCCAACAUUGUGUCAAACCAUCUCACGGCAGGACUACUGAAAUACAUCAAGACGACCGGACGAUAUGCUUCGGGGAUCAAUCUUUUUGAGAAGCUGCGGACCAAGGAUGUGGAGGUGUCUUCCCUAUUGGCUCGCGUUCUUUUGGACGGCGAUGAAGAAGUCCAAGCGGUCCGGCUCCUGCACGAUGCCUUGCAGGAUGUGCCCAUGGACUACGCUUUACUCGACUGCCAGGCCUCCUUCUGCCAGAGCAAGGGUGAAGGUGAGAUGGCCCUCGAGCUGGCCAAACAAGGCGUGACAGCCGCCCCGAGUGAGUUCAGCACCUGGGCUCGUUUGGCCGAGGUCUACGUGGACCUAGAACAGUGGGAUCUGGCACUUCUGACCCUCAAUUCCUGCCCCAUGUUCUCAUAUCAAGACAAAGAUUCUCCCAGGAUGCCUGAACCAAGCCGGGUUCUGUUACCCAUCCUUCCUGAAAGUGCGCUUGACGAAAUUGAUGAAGGACAACCGAGACAAGGAGAGCCCUACGAUCAAGUACAUGUCUCUUUGCGGAAAUUACAGGCUGCGACGUAUCAGGGGACCUUCUUGAAAGCAUACAGCUUACUUACUCGGAUUGCCGCGUCCAUUGGUUGGGAUACGCUUCUCAAGACCCGAAGUCAGGUCUUUGUGAUGGAGGAAGAAUAUCGUACCGAAAAACAACACUCAAUUACUCCAAAGAUACCGUCCAGCAAAAAUGCAAGCACGAUUGCCCUCUCCGGAACUCCCAACGGACACUCCAAAGCCAGCAACGCGGAACCGUCGGAAGAUGACGAAUCGGAAGAAGGUUCUGGAGGAGAAGAAGAAGAAGAAAAGGUGCCGGACGAAGGAUCAUCAACGGCUCCCACUGUAAAUGGUGGCGCUGAUGAGAACGCCACGAUGAAGACCAACAGAUCCAUGGAGAAGCCAGUCCCCACGAUUGCAGCAGAGGAAGUGAAAUCGGGCAGCGAUGAGCCAGAUCCAAUGCACACCCAUUAUCCCCAAUUCCAGAACAAGCGUCUCUGCGAGCGAUGGUUGGACAACUUGUUCAUGGUGCUUUACGAGGAUCUUCGGAUCUACACCAUUUGGAGAACAGAAAUGGGACAAUAUCGUCAGCAACAGAUGCAGUACAAGAAAUCCGCAGCGGAAUGGGAGAUCCUCGGAGAACUUGCCGAAAGACUGCACCACUCGAACGAAGCGUUGGAGGCUUAUCAGCAAUGUUUAAAUAUUCGAUUCUCGCCCAAAGCAAUGAGAGGUAUGCUCCGAAUGUAUGAGAGAAAGGCCGACACGAGAAACACGUUGGCAUGCCUGAUUCGAUUGAUUACCUGGCAAUACAGGUGGUAUUCAGAGUUCUCCCCCGAGCUCUUCUAUUCGAUACGGAAACUGAUCGAAGAGGAAGGGGCCGUCAAAGUCCGCAGUAUCGUGCAAUCCACGAACCUGCCCCAGCACGUGCUUGAUUUGACGCAUGAAUAUUGCCAACUGUGUGUAACUUUCCGGAGUAGCGGCACGGAUGGGUGA